ACCAUGUCAAGAAUACUACUCUGUCAUCUGUGACGACGCUUUUUAGCGUGGCGCAUGCGCAUUACAUUUACAUCCGUCAGGGCAUUAAGGAGCAGUAAGAUGGAUAAAGGGGAAGCUCAUGCCCAGCGGCCCGUGUCUUUGGGAAUCACGGCUGAAGAUGAGGCUGCAGUUUCAGAACCCGCUGGAGAAGCCGCGAGUCAGAUCCUGACCAAAGAGGGCAUCGCGCUCCAAGAGGACAGCAUCGACCUGGGCGGCACAGACUUUGUCACACCCCAGGAAGACAGCAGUACCACGCCCACUGAGAGCCUGAUGGACAGACUGAAUGAUCAAAUGAUGGAGAGCGUCAUGAUCUCCGACUCGCCUAACAACAGCGAGGAGGACGACCUGGCUCCCAUCGACUCCUACCUGGAUGGCGGGGAGCAGGAGAACGCAACCCCUGGGAACAAAACGGAGGACGGUGGAAUUGGAGAGAACACAACUGAGAUUGAGGUUUCGGUGGACCAACUGGAGAUUGUAUGUUCUGAACAGGAAACAAAAGAGGAGGGGGUUACACAACUGCAGGUUGCAGCUUCUGUUUCACCUCAGGACGACAGUCCGAGCCCGGCUGCCGAUAGGAGUGAGGAUCCGGAGCCGCCGUCAAUCAGAGGCGCCAGUCCGAAAGACGAGCCUGUGCCGGUGUGCACCAUAUUCAGCCAGAGCACCCUGCCCAAGUCGCUGGCGCCCGAUGGCUUCCAGCCUACCCUGAUCAAGUCCCCCAGCUUUACCAUGGGAAGCGCUGCUGGAAGUGACGAAGCGGCGACCCCCAGUAAGCUAACUGCUCCCCUGGUUUGUCAGCCCAGCCCCAGCCUCAGUAAGUUCUUCGCCGACAACGGACAAGUCAAUCCAGCCUCUGACUUCUUCGAUUCUUUUACCCUUCAAUCCUCCUUCAUUUCCGUCUCCAACCCCAACGCUGACCUGUCUCCCGGAGGCGGCCCCCCGUCCAUCGCGCUUACACCCGAGCGCCAGCUCUCUUCGACCUCGUCUUCAAUCUCCACCCCAGGAGCGCUUUUAGACUCUGCAAGUCCCACUCCCAGCCAAGUGCUGGGCCCCGCUCCCACCGAACCGAACACCAACUCCCAACCUCAGCCACCGCAGACCGUCUCGGCUCCAACUCCGGCCCCGGCGCCCGUUUCAGCCACACAGACGCAGCCCUUCAACCAGCUGCAAGCCGUCUUCUCGGGCAGCGACGACCCAUUCGCCACCGCGCUGAGCCUGAGUGAGGUGGACAGGCGACACGACGCCUGGCUGCCGUCUGAGGAGACGAGGAAAGUUCUGAUCUCCGUUGCCACGCAGCAGUACGGUCCCGCAUAUGUAGAGGGCAACAAACUCACAAUGCCUGGACUGAAAUUUGACAACCUGCAGGGAGAUGCUGUAAAAGACCUAAUGCUUCGUUUCUUGGGAGAGCAGGCAGCAAUGCGGCGUCAGGUCCUCACCGCCAGCUCUGUGGAGCAGUCCUUCAACGGCCUCAAACAGCUCAUUAGCACUAAGAACUGGCGGGCUGCCGUGGAUCUGACGGGUCGUUUGUUGACAGCUCACGGUCAGGGAUACGGAAAGGCCGGCCAGCCAACCUCCCACACCACUGACUCACUGCAGCUCUGGUUUGUGCGGCUGUCUCUUCUCACCAAGUUGAACCUUUUCCAAAAUGCUGAACUGGAGUUCGAACCCUUUGGCAACCUCGACCAGCCAGAUCUCUACUAUGAGUACUACCCAACUGUUUACCCUGGGAGGAGAGGCUCAAUGGUGCCUUUCUCCAUGCGGCUGCUGCACGCCGAGCUUCCCCAGUACCUGGCCAAACCCCAGGAGGCUCUGGACCGCCUGCACAACCUGAGAACCGUCUGCCUCACUAUACUGGAAAACUUGGAGAAAGGCUUGGCAGAGGAUGGCAGCAUGAUCACCCUAGCACAGGAGAACAGGCAAGCAUCUCUGAAGCUGUGGAGGUCUCGUCUCAGUCGGGUCAUGUACUCCAUGGCCAACUGCCUGCUGCUGAUGAAGGACUACGUUCUGGCAGUGGAGACCUAUCACUCCAUCAUCCAGUAUGAACCCCAGCAGAGAGUGCAGCUGCUCAGUGGUAUCGGACGCAUCUUCUUGCAGAUCGGAGAUGUGAAAACUGCAGAAAGAUACUUCCAGGAUGUGGAGAACGCCUACCAGACGAAAGGGAGUAAUCUCAGUCACGCUACAUGCGUUCUGAUGAACAGGGCAUUUGUCUACCUCAGUCAGAAUAAUUACGCUGAAGCACACACAUCUUUCCUUGAAGUUUUAAAAAUUGACCCGAAAAAUCCUGUUGCCAAUAACAAUGCAGCGGUGUGUCUCCUCUACCUGGGCCGGCUAAAGGAGUCCUUGGGCCAGCUGGAGGGCCUGGUGCAGCAGGACCCCGCCCUGUACCUCCACGAGAGCGUCCUCUUCAACCUGACCACCAUGUACGAGCUGGAGUCGUCUCGCAGCACGCAGAAGAAGCAGGCGCUGCUGGACGCUGUGGCCUGCCGGGAGGGAGACAGCUUCAACACGCAGUGCCUCAAACUGGUCUGAGAGGAAGCGGGACCACCAGGAGAGGACGCUGCUGCUCCCCCAUGCUAAUGACGGCUACUAAAGCUCUGUGUUCUGGCGGGAACUAAGCCGUACUCCUGUAGGGCAGCCCAGCGAAUGCUGGCAGCUCGGUUUCAGAGGACUUUUAAAGGGGAUGUUUGAGAUCUGCUUUUAUUGCACUAAAGUGAUCCAAGCACAGGGGGCACAGCACUUGCGUCAUGUGACCAGCAACCAGGAAACACCCUUUACAUUUAAAGCAUUUUGAGAUUGAAAUAACUUGCGGUGAAUAUGCGUAUUCUCUCUGUCCGCUCUGCAUACAUACUGAAGGAAUGUCGGGCUCUAUCUGAAACUAAAUCCUUAACUAUGUAACUCAUGAUCCUUUUUAGACCCCUUCGAAUUGUGCAGGAAAAAAGAAAUUAUGAGGGGUCAUGUGAUGGUGGUGUUAAUCUGGCUGUAGGUUUGACUGAAGCACUUUUCAGCGGUGGGGGGCUUUACUUUAAAUGGGCUUGUCUCGAAACCCUUUUUUUUUUUUUUUCCUCUGCGCACGGGCUUCGCACCCAUGACUUUAUUCAAAUACAAAAUAUCAAGAGUUCUCUGUUCUUUUUAAGACAGCUUUUAAAAGUGUGAACCAAUAAAAACUGAAUUUAAGGCACGCAUCUCUAAGUUAGUCGGGAUUUAAAUGCAGAACUUGCAACAGAGGAAAGGAAGGAAACGCGGACAGAUGAGAGGGCAGAAAGGACGGAUAACCGAGAUGGACAGAUAAAUGGAUGCAUGGAUGGGCGAACAAAAAGUUGAAAGGGAUGGAUGGAUGGAUAGAAGGAUGAAUGCACAUGAAGAUGGAUGGAUGGAUGAAAACCCUUUUAGACAACAGCGUAAGAAAUAAAGUCUGAAUAUAAGUGUUUUUCCUUAUUUAUAGCAACUCUGUGCAAAACAGCUUUUCUACAGGCAGACGCCGAUCUGACAGAAGUGUCCGUAUCAUCUAAAGGUUGUUCCUUUGAUGCUGCAUCCUUAUCUGGGUCUCUGUGAGGUUUUCUUCGCACUGCCGCAGCCAGCAGGUUGUCUGUGUGCAGCAUUACUUAAACAGUUGUGGACGGAUUUGCAUUAAAACUGUAACUAAAUCUGAGAUGGCUGCUGAUCCACGUCCAUGAUUAGUUUUUUUUUUCCUCAUUGCCUGGCUGCAGUCUGGCUUCUCGUGUUGCUCUUUUUAGUCCCGUCUCUUUAACAUGUCACAUGACCCCCUACCUAAAGACGAGGUAAACCAAGAAACGGUCCAUAUUCUGUGGCUAUCGCAUGGAGACGUGAUUGGUUGUUCUGUAAAAUGCACACAUUUCACAUAAAUUCCUCAGUAAAUAUGUUUCUGAGAAAUGCAGCUGGGAAAAAGCAUAACCCUGACCCUUUAUUCAGGAGAACCUAUGGCUACACUACAGGAGUUGCUGGCUCAUAGACCGGCGGGGGCAUUAUCCUGAGCUUCAGACUCCAUAAACUUUUUAAUGCAGCUUCUACAGGAUUACCACUAGAUUUCAUCACUCCUGCAGUGAAAAUGAACGAGCCCCUCAGAUUGCAUCGGUUUCUUCCCGCUGAACAAAAAUGUAAAGAUAUUCGUAAUCCAAAGCUGUACAUAUCUGAAGCGCUGUCUAACUGAUUAUCCUAUAGAUUUUUUUUUUGUUUUUGCUUCUGCUACUGUUGUCCUCAUGGUUUAUCUUAUUUAUGUAUAUAAAGAUUACUGUUUUAUCCUAAAUAAAUCUCUUGUAUCACA